UGCAGGGAUGGGCCCAUGUCCAGGCCCCAGGAAUGGCUGGGUCUCCCAGUUCCUGACCCCUUCUCCAGAUCCUGUCCGUGCCAGGUUCUCAUUCAGGGUGUUUUCUGGGCUGGUUUUACUCAGAUCUCUCUCUUUUUGCCCCUUUCUGUGCAGCUCUCCGUGACCAGCAAACCCCCCAGCUCUGAGGGCCAGGGAGACAAGAAGGACAAUGCCACAGCCCCCCCGGCUCCCCCGUCCUAUGAGGAGGCGACAGCAGGAGAAGGGAUGAAAUCCAGGGCUUUCCCUGCCCCGCCGGCAGCCCCGCUCCACCCCAGCUGGGCUUACGUUGAUCCCAGCACCAGCCCAAGCUACGGCAGCGGGGGGUACCCGGGGGACACGGAGCUGCUCACGACCUUCAGCUGGGACGACCAGAACGUGCGCAGGGUGUUCAUCAGGAAGGUUUAUGCCAUCCUGAUGGUCCAGCUCCUGGUCACUGUUGUCAUCGUGGCUUUCUUCACCUUCUGUGAACCGGUUAAGGGCUACAUCCAGACCCACUCUGCCUGGUACUGGGCUUCCUAUGCCGUUUUCUUUGUCACCUACCUGAUCCUCGCCUGCUGCUCUGGGCCCAGGAGAUACUUCCCAUGGAAUCUGAUCCUGCUCAGCAUCUUUACCCUGUCCAUGGCUUAUCUCACUGCAAUGCUCUCCAGUUACUACAACACCAAGUCAGUGCUGCUGUGCCUUGGGAUCACUGCCCUGGUCUGUCUGUCCGUCACCAUCUUCAGCUUCCAGAGCAAGUUCGACUUCACCUCGUACCAGGGCGUUCUCUUCGUGCUGCUCAUGGUGCUGUUCCUGGGGGGACUGGUCCUGGCUGUCAUCCUGCCCUACCAAUACGUGCCGUGGCUCCACGCGAUCUACGCUCUGCUCGGGGCUGGGAUCUUCACCAUGUUCCUGGCCCUGGACACGCAGAUGCUGAUGGGGAACCGCCGGUACUCGCUGAGCCCUGAGGAAUACAUCUUUGGAGCCCUCAAUAUCUACCUGGACAUCAUCUACAUUUUCUCCUUCUUCCUGCAGUUCUUUGGCUCCAGCCAGGAGUGAGGGCAGCAGGGCAGGAUCCUCCCUGUGCUGGCAAAUGUGAGGGGUUAAAUUGAAAAGCAGAGGUGAAAGGGUUCAAAACUGCCAAUCUGACCCAAUCCCUCCCUUUCUGGUCCAUCCAAUGCACCGAGGAGCCCCAGGCCCCUCCUGCAGUUUUGUACAUUUGCUGUCAGGCCUUUGUGACCCAGAGAGCAAAGCAGGGCUUCAGUGUCAUGUCCCUUCUGCUCCCCCCACUCCUGCCCAGCCCAAACCAGUCCUGAGACUCGGGGUAGGA